AUGGUAUUCAAUGAAAUUUUGACAGUUCGGUGGAGCUGCUUCAAAACACACAGAAAACGGUGAUUCGUGACGGUCGAGCCAGGCAAAUUGAAUCGGCAUCAAAAAUGAUGCUGAGAAGUAUUCUACAGACAGGACGAGCCUCAAUUUUGCAGCCCCUGAUAAAUACAGAGAUCUUUUUAGCUCAACAAACUCGUAAUACAUUCGUGUUCAAAAGACGAUGGGACCCACCGCUGGCAAAGAAGGGUCAUCCAGCACGUAAAUUAAAAUCCCGGCAUUUUGUGUAUGAUUUAAUCGAAGAUGGGAAUAUCAUUAAAAAGCCGGAUAUCGGUGUUAUUCUAACUGAAUAUGUUGAUGGUUUGGGCUACCAAGGUGAUUUGGUCACCGUUCGACCAAACAUGGCCUAUAAUAAACUGUUAUUAACCGGUCUAGCUGUUUAUGAUACACCGGAAAAUCGAGCGAAAUACAAUACAGAGGCGCGACUCCAGGAAGAACGUCGUUCACCGUUCAUUGAACGCACCAUAAAUGUGUUUGGUCAUCGAUUGGUUUCAGUGUGCAUGAACAAAUUCACACCAUGGAUUAUUGAACCGUGGCACAUUCGAGUGUCAAUGCGCAAGGCAGGACUUUACGUUUUGGAUGAUUCACAAAUUGAGCUACCACCAACACCAAUCACCGGUCCUGAUCCGGCCAAAGAGAAUAAAAUAUUUUCCGUUACUGUGACGAUUAACAAAACAGAAAAAGCACAAGUGCAAUGUCGAGUGCAUCAUGUUUGUGUCGAUCCAAGGCUACGAGAUCCAUACGUUCCCGAAUGGUGGAAACAACCAACCGAACCAUUAUUCCCAAAUGAAGAUGGACAAAAGCCAGCCGAUAGCAACAAUCAAACAAAGCCUGAACAUCCAGCAAUGAACUAAUAACACUUCAAAUAAAUCGUUAUAGUCAAAUGUCGAGAAAAGAGAGAACAAUUAUGAAAAUAAAAUGAAAUACACACAUACAGAUUUUAAAUAAUACAUAAA